GUGUAAUAAAGUUCGCCGCGGGUCUCCGCAGCCACUCACCUGAGCUCCCGGCUGCCUGGGCGCAGGUCCGCUGCCUCUUGCUCGGCCUCGGCACCCGCGGCCUCCAUCCAGCCUCCGCCGCCCCAGCCCCUUCCUCCCGCUGCCAGCCCACCUCGCCGGCCGGACGGCGCACCAACCCAUGUCCCGCCGCAAGGCCGGCAGCGCGCCCCGCCGAGUAGACCUCGAGCCCGCCGCCGCCGCCGCCGCCGCCGCCGCCGCCGCAGCCCGCCCGGACGACGAGAUGGAGAUCUCCGAGCUCAUCAUCGACGUGAAGCCCGAGCCUGACCCAAAGCCCUUCCUGCGGGCCCUGGGGCUCGGGCCCCAUGUCCACCGAGGGUUGUCCACGCCGGAGAGGAGGUUCGAGAGUGAGCCCCAGCAGCGGUCCCCGGGAUUCCAGCCUUCCUACCAAGCCCGGAGCGCCAGGAACUACUGGACCGUGCCGAUGCCCGAGGCCGUGCGCCGGACCUACCCCCGCUCCGAUCUGCUGACCUGCGGCCACUGCCUGCAGACCUUCCCGCUGGACGCCAUCACAGCCUUCAUGGACCACAAGAAGCGGGGGUGCCAGCCGCUGAGCGGUCCCAGCCCUGGGCAGGUGUCAGAACGCUUGGAUCUGAGGACCCUGAGCUGUCUCCACUGUGGCCGGCAGUUCACGGAGGCCUGGAAGCUGCUGCGCCACGCACAGUGGGACCACGGGCUGUCCAUCUACCAGACAGAGCUGGAGUCCCCAGAGGCCCCUCUGCUGGGGCUGGCUGAGGUGGCCACAGCCAUGUCGGUGAGGAUGGAAGCCCCAGCGGAGACCAAGUCUUCUGGCCCCAGUGGUGCUGCCCGGAGGACCCCCACCUGCCCAGUGUGCAAGAAGACCCUCAGCUCCGCCAGCAACCUCAAGGUGCACAUGCGCUCACACACCGGUGAGCGGCCCUACGCCUGUGACCAGUGUCCCUAUGCCUGCGCACAGAGCAGCAAGCUCAACCGCCACAAGAAGACACACCGACCCCUGCCUAUUGUAGGCCUGGAGCAGGCCUCCACUGCCCCACCGGAGCCUGCGGCCCAUGCUGCUGCCCCAGCCAGUGCCCUCCCGAGCCCUGGUGCCCAGGGCGCAGGGGCUGCAGCCACGGCAGGCAUGCAGGAGCCUGGAGCACCUGGCGGCGGGGCACAGGCAGGCCCUGGUGGUGAUGGAUGGGAGCCUGCCCCUCAAGGACAGAGCACUGACCCUGUCAAGAGUGGGAGUGCACUGCCCAAGAAGACGCUUAAGGCAGAAGGCAAAGGCAAGAAGCACAGGCCAGGAGGCAGCUGUGAGUUCUGUGGGCGCCACUUCAGCAGCAGCAGCAACCUCACGGUGCACCGGCGAUCACACACAGGUGAGCGGCCGUACGCCUGCAGCCAGUGCCCCUACACAUGUGCACAGAGCAGCAAGCUCAACCGCCACCGCCGCACGCACGGCCCCGGGCCCGACUGCACCCGCUACGAGUGCCCGCUCUGCUCCGUGCCCUUCGGCCUGCGUGCCACGCUGGACAGGCACCUGAGGCAGAAGCACCCCAGGGUGGCCUGACCCCAUGGCGCUGUCCAUGCUCAUCCCUGCUU